ACUAGAAAUAUUCAACAGCUUCCAAUCAGUUACAGAUUACAAGCCUUUAAGACGAAUUCAACGAGGGAAUGUGGAUAAGUUAAGAAGCAAAGUUAUUAUUUCAAUAUUUCCAAUAUUCGUGGAUUGUAACCAAAUCGAAUUGCUAUAGCUCAUUCAAUUAAACGUUCAAUUUGUAUACUACAAUGCUACCUAAUGCGACAUCGAGCAAGAUGAGCGCGCCAUAAUAAUGAUUCAAUGAUUUGAAUUUUUAAUUAUUAGAAAUUAUAUUAUUAAUAUUUGAAUUUUUUUCUCCUUUGACGAAUGUCGGCAUUCCGAAAUUUUCAUAUUCCAAAGACCAAGUCGCAAAAGGAUGAUUCAAUUACUCAAAUAGCAGAUCAGCGCGUAGUUUCCUUUUUUAUCAAUUAUGCAACUUAUAUGUAAUUUAGCACUUCUUUGUAUAUUUGAAAGAUCUAAUAAUCUUAAGGUAGUUUUCUUAAAAUUCAUUGAAAAAUUUCAUAUUAGAACUGGUGCAAUAUUGGAGCUUACAGAGUUCAAAGGGUUAACCCUUAGCACUCGAGGGCUCCGUUGCAGAGCCACUUAAAAUUUGUCAUUACAAACUGUCGACAUAUAAUUUAACUUCAUCUGCUGAAGCUUUUGGACAUUUCGACACUUUAGCCGGAGAAUUUGUUUGUAAGAAGAAGCCUUCAACUUUAACCCUUAACACCUUAAGCGCCACGAGAAUUCUGAAUGUUUUAUAUUGAUUUGUUCCUUUGUAGCAAAGGUAAAUAGGAAUUAUUAAGUACCCUAGUUGAAAAUUAUUUAACUGCUGCAACAGCAGAAAAUCGGUACAUAGUUUCCUAAUUCUCCAUUAUUUAACAGAUUCUCCACAGAAUCCUCGUCCGCAAAGAGUUAAUUAUUCCUCAUCGGAAUUCUUACGUUACUGUUGCUAACUAACUUCUGUUACUCGACAGUUCUAGUCGGCAGCAGUCAUCUUGCAUGUCGGAAUGUUUGUCAAGCAAGUCGAGCGUCGGUUAUUGACCGACACUGCGCUCCUAUGUCGAGCGUGACUCAGUUUUAUUUACAGGUACGAUUCUUUAUCAACGCAUCAUUUCAAUGAUGAGAAGGUAAAAUCAACGAACUCAGGAGAAUGGCUUAAAUUUAUAAAAAUCUGGGUAAAUAAUUGCUUUCAAUAUUAUUAGUAAGUAAAAUGCAUCAAAUCAAAUGUGAUAACAGAGUCAUCGAGGAAGAGAUGCAAAGAAAUUCAAGUUGCAAAGGGUGUCGUGUAAUAAUGUACUUGAUGUAAUAAUUUGAGAUCAGUUAGGAGCGCUAAUAGCAUGCGAUGGAUUAAUAAAAUUCGAUACUUUGUAUCAGGUGUCCGUCCGACGCACUGGAUGGCUGGCCCGGCCGACGACAACAACGAUCCCGUCGAAGGUCUUAUUCCCACGAGUUCAAAGACUAUUUUAAUGUCGAAGUUCCCAUAAAAAGGGGAUGCACGCACCACAGGACACGAACAACGAGCAUAAUAGCGUUCAUUUAAAUCAACUUUCCGCGAACGCCGGACAAGGACGGCGGCGGGGACAGGAUUCAGCGAUCGGGCACAGGAAAUUUGCAUUUCUCGGCGAGCCGCGGACGCCGCGCGAAACUAACUAACUCCGUCCGAAAUCUUUCGGAUGAACGGAGAAUAAUGAAGUCAGUUUUCGUCGAUGUGAGUCGUGGGUUAAUAGUUCAACGGCUGGCAUCCAUUCACUCUUCCCGUGUAAUCUCGGUUUGCCCUCGUUCGAGCUCGUCUUCCUGUGCACACGAUCACCGGGAGUCACAAAACAAUUACCCUCGCAAAGGAAAUGGAAAUGCGAGGAGAGAUUCAGGAAGAGAUGUAUCUAGAACGCAUUGAUGCUGCGAUUAUGGUCAGAAGCCUGCCUUUUUAUAGCUGAAUACGUCGUGUAAUCGUUUCAGAAGCUGUAGCAUGAAUUUUUUCAAUCUCUGUUUCCUGGACUUCCAUUGGCUACUGAGCGACUCAGUUGAACUCUUCAAAGGAACCUGGAGAAUACUGGCUUCCGUCUAUCGAUGGUUCAACCACAAUCAAUCUGUAAGUUAAUAAUUGAAUUAUCAAUUCCUGUCUUAUCCUAUUGAUUGGUUUCUCAAUUUCUGUUUCCACUAAGAAAUUAUUAAUUAUUAAAUUAAAAAAAUUAUUAAUGACAAAGUAGCCAUAUCGAUCAGAGUUAAGAAAGAAAUCAUCCAAAGAGUUAAUGAAACAGCGAGCAAAGAGUGUCUCCACACAUAUGCACCGAUACGAAUCAAUCCUCGAUGAGCGUCACUGAUCUAAUCUAUACCAGGUAGAAUCAUUUCGCGAUAAGCGCCCUCAACGAGCUAGUAAUCGCAGUUACAUCCAAGUUGGAAUAUUAACAAGACAGUUGUCAUCUGGAAUUCGAGUCGACGAAAUAACAUUCUUCUAUUUUAGAUUAACAAGACAGUUGUCAUCUGGAAUCCGUCUCGACAAAAUAACAUUCUUCUUUUAUUUUAGAUUAACAAGACAGUUAACAAGUAUUACCAAGACAGUUGUCAUCUGGAAUUCGAGUCGACGAAAUAACAUUCUUCUUUUAUUUUAGAUUAACAAGACAGUUAACAAGUAUUAACCAGACAGUUGUCAUCUGGAAUUCGAGUGGACGAACGUGGAAGCCUAAACGAGCGGUAUCUGUCUACGCCGGAUCGGUACGUCGGCUCGUCCGUUCACGCGACGGCAUACCUUAACGAUCAUAGGGUCCCGUGGAUCACGCUCCUCGAUCGUACCAGCGUGUAUUCGUUAGCCCGUGGGCGGCCUAUCGCGGCGUGUGUUUGCACGCGAGUGUAACAUUACUGUUCAGUGGCCGCAGGGUACCGCAGGGCACCGCACCGUGCAACGUUUACCUCGGGAACAAUACUUGGGAAAUGUUCCUCGCGACUCGUUCUGCCCGGUGAACUUUUCCUUCCGUGUCUUAACCCUUUGACGACGAACGUCGACGUCUCGAGAUCGUAUUUCAGAUUGCUAGAUUACAAGACAACCUGGAGUGCUAAGGGUUAACUUCAGCUGAAGGUUUGAGAUAUUUCAAGGAAUCUUCGUCUGCGAAGGGUUAAAAUGCGUUGAGUCGCAACGCUCUGGAUCUGCUUGAAAUCAGCACGAACAUUGAUAAGACCGAUCGUUGUGAAACGCCAGUCCGUAGCACGGCAUAGCACGCGGUAAGAUGGCCGUGUACAGGCUGUGCUGGUCGCUCGCUCGCGUCUGGUUUUCCCUGUGCUUUCUCGCGUGUACGGCAUUGUGUCAGGAACAAAUAUCGGCCGGCAGUCGGUAUUAUGGCCGAGACGGUGUGUAUGUGCCAGCGAACGGGCCCGAUCACAGGCCCGACACUUAUUUUUACAAGGAUAGAAGGUACGGGUACCGUCCCAGUUACCUGGACCCUGAUUACAAAAGGCCGCCCAAAGGAUCGGACGAUCGUUACCAUUACGAGGAUACCACUUCGAGAUUGCCGUUGCCUGGUAUAUUAGGUGGUUGGCGGGAGGAUCUUCAGGGAAAAGAACGACAGGGUUCUAAGCAUUUGGAGAGGGAUGUUACCGUUUCUACUACCUAUGGAGAAGUAGAGGGAUUCAAAGUUUAUUUGUACGACGAUCCGGAGGCUAGACAUAGACCUUGGAGUUUACCGGUCGAAAGGGUUACCAGGCAUGUCAAUGUAUUUUUGGGUAUUCCUUACGCUAUGCCUCCUACGAGGGAAGGUCGGUUUAAGCCUCCUCGACCUCAUAGGGGUUGGCAACUGUUGCAAGCUGUCGAUUGGGGACCCGCGUGUCCUCAACCUAGUGCGUAUACUGGUGCAACUAAAGGAAUUAAGGAUGUGGAUGAAGAUUGCUUGUAUUUAAAUAUCUUCACACCUACGAUUAAUUCUGGUGAACGUCUACCAUAUGCUGUAAUGUUUUAUAUUCAUGGUGGAGAGUUCACUCAUGGAGCUAGUAACUUGUUUCCUGGUCAUAUGUUAGCUGCAUUUUACAAUGUAGUGGUAGUGUCUAUCAAUUAUCGGUUAGGGGCACUGGGAUUUCUGAGCACAGGAGAUGAGAAUAGUCCUGGUAACUAUGGACUUUUGGACCAAGCAAUGGCAUUACGAUGGGUGUAUGAUAAUAUUCGAGCCUUCAGUGGUAAUCCUGAUGCGAUAACACUGUUUGGGCCAGGUGCUGGUGCAGCUAGCGCUGGAUUGUUGAUGGUUGCUCCUAGGACUAGAGAAAUGGUGUCAAAAGUAAUAGCUCAGUCGGGUUCUGCAUUAGCAGAUUGGGCAGUUAUAAUAGACAAGUACAGGGCCCAGAAUACUUCCAGAGUAUACGCUGAAAUGUUGGGUUGUAGUAUAGAAAGCAGCUGGAAGUUGGUUCAGUGUUUGAAAGAUGGACGAAAUUUCCUUGAAUUGAGUAAUUCUCCAUUAAAGCCGCAUAUUGGAAUGUUUCCAUGGGCACCUGUAUUUGAUGUCAAUUUUACAGUACCUGGUGAUAAUUUAUACGAAGAUUGGAGAGCAUCAGACUGGCAUUUCUUUACAGAAACACCUGAAGAAAGUAUUAAGCAUCGUAGAUUUAAACAUGACUUAGCAUACAUGGCUGGUGUUACUACUCAAGAGGCAGCGUACAUAAUAUACAACAAUGCCACAUUGGCAAGGAAUCAAUACAUGAUAGAUCCAGAAUUAUUUGACCAAAAAAUCUGGGAACUUGUCCUUCAGUAUAAUUACACUCUGAACCAGCAAGGUGUUUAUGAAGCUAUAAAAUAUAUGUACACUUAUUGGCCGGAUCCGAAAAAUGUUACACACAUUCGCGAUCAAUACAUCAAUUUGUUAACUGAUUUUCAUUAUGUGGCUCCAUUUGAUAAAAUUGCAAAGUUAUUAGUAGAGAAACGUGUGCCUACUUACUUAUAUGUAUUGAACACUACUGUGGAAGCACUAUCAUUGCCACAGUGGAGAAGAGUACCUCACGAUACCGAACUUCUUUGGCUCACAGGAGCACCAUUCAUGGAUGUUGAAUUCUUUCCUCAAAAAUGGAAACUAAGCCGAGACAUGUGGACUGAUAAUGAUCGCAAUAUGAGCCAUUUCUUUAUGAAGGCAUAUUCAAAUUUUGCAACAUACGGAAAUCCUACAACUUCGCAAAUUCUGGGACUUCACAUGGAUGUUGCCAGACAAGGACAGUUACGAUACUUAAAUAUUAAUACCACCUUCAACAGUUCAAUUCAAUUAAAUUACAGACAAACAGAAAGUGCCUUUUGGUCUGCAUAUUUGCCAACUGUCAUUGGCCGCUUAGUACCUACAUACCCUCCAGUCACCGAGUACUGGUGGGAACCAAAGCAACCCUUGCAAAUUGCAUUUUGGUCGGUCUCUACAGCUUGUUUACUGUUAAUCGUACUCUCUGUUGUAUGCUGCAUGCUUUGGCGUAACGCCAAAAGACAAUCUGAUCACUACUAUAGCGGGGACAUCUUGAUGGUACGAGACGACGAACCCUCGGAGGGAAUCGAGAAUCUGACUCGUACCUCCAAGGAGAACGUUUAUGAAUACCGGGACGCGCCGCCGCUCAGAUCCAGGGUCACGCGGCAGAACGAAGCGAAGCUUCAAGAACGAUUGACGCAAAACCGGAAGUUCAGCUCAACCCCCUCGCUUAGAAGUAACUCGAACAUCUCGUUGAAGGACAUGCGUUCCGAAGGAUUCGUUACCAGUUCACCAAAUGGCCACCCGAAGCUGAACAAAGCGAUGAGUCAGUCCUCGUUGCGCAAAAGUAGAACGCAGCUUGUUCAGGGUGUCCCGCAGACAGCUGUAUAAUAUUCUCAUCGCGCAACCCUUUACUCAUGAUACUUUUUAUUUUAUUUAUUUUACACAACGACGCACAAAAAGGAAUUUUUCACGCAGAAUGACUGAAUUAAAUGUUAGGGAAUUCAGAUGAACAUCUCGUCCGUCCACGAAAGGAUUGUUACGUGUAACGAUUCGUAUUUGUACAUACGUCGAUACUUAUUUUGUACGUUCUUUUUUAUACCGAUUUUAGAUUUGUAAGGAUCAACGUUGUGCCUUGUAGGAUAUAUGAAUAGUUUUUUUUUACAAAUGAACAACGCACGUUAUAAUAGUAAUAUAUUUUACAUAACGACAGAAGUCACGACAAACAUACUUCAACAAAAUGCAUUUUUUUAUAUAUCUCUUUUAUCGUGAAAGGGACAUAUAUAUAUAAUUAUAUAUAUAGAAAUCAUAUAUUUAUACGCGACUACGUUUGUAGUAUUAUUAGAGAACUUAGUUGUAGUCAAACCGAUCUCAUUUUCACCGUUGACACAAUUUCAUCUAUAUGUUUAAGUUUCAAAAGUCUAGUAAUACACGAUAUCUAAUUAUAGAGACAUAGAUUAUUUUAUUGUGCGAGAGAUUAAAUAUAUAUAUAUAAUAUAUUAUAUAUCAUAUUUAAGCGUCGUUCUGUACGGAAAAGGUUCGAAAGCAUUUAAUAUUAAAUCACGAUAUACCUGCCGCAAAUAUUGCAAUUGUCAAAGAACACUUGAUUAAAUAUAUAUUUAAGGUUUUUUAUAUAAUUAGAGUAUAUAUUGUUACAAGUAAAGUCUAAAUGUUAAAGUAAUCUAUAUCCAUUGCGACAAUAUUCAUUAUGCACAUUUUGUUUAUUAAAUGUCGCGCGACGAACGUGACUGUAAAUGAGAUUUCUACUGUUGAAUGAAGAAACAUGGGACCAAAAAGAACAGAUGUAAUCAUUGACGUGUCCGUAUUAAAUUUCUUUUCUACAGUUGGAAUAUUAAUUGUAACAUUUCGAUAGAAACAUUCAGAGAAAGGGAAAGAGAGAGUAGAUCGCGAAGAGCGAAGCAAAUACAAUUUCGAUCCCCUUCGACUGGAAGUGAAAUAUCCGGGAACAGCGAUAUUGUUGUUAAAGUGUCAGGAACGACCUGUACUUUUGGCAGCAGCUGCUGCUCUGUCCAAGUAUGGCAGUAAAUCUAAAGAGAAUCUGGAAGUCUUGUUCGAUCUUGAGAUCGUGGAAAGUGUGAUCCCGUUAAUUGAACACGAAGACCUGUUCACGCGAAGGUUUCACUUAUUUUUUAAUAUCGAUUUCUAACAUUAAUUUGAAUAAAACUCUUUAUCUCUUAACGUACGAUCGGCAGAUUUGCAGCAAAAUUACUGGCAGAAAUGAUACUCAUUCCCAAUGUCCGAAACUUUCUGAUGGACAGUAGCUACUAUAUUUGUUACUUCGCCAAAGUUUUCAUCUCUGACAAGGAUUUGUUCAUGCAAGAAUUUUCCUCUUCGAUAUUGGCAGAAAUAUCAAAUGAUUUGUUUGGUGCAGCACAAUUGUUGAAACAAUGCUCAAACAUGAACUUCUUGUUCGAAAGAGUUCAGUCGCCUGAUCCAGACGUGAAAAAGAACACCUUAGAAA